UUCCGGAAUAAUAGUAUAAUAAUAAUAAUAUGGUGAGAUUACCUUAAUCUAGAUCCAGAAAGGAAAUACAAAACAGUCAUGAGCUCAGUGGAAAAAUCAGCUGAUGUGGCAGAUCAACAGGAUGUCAAGCAAUCCUGGCGCACUAGUGUUGACUCUAAAGGGGCUUUUGUCCGGAAGGAGUCUCAGUUCAGACAUUGGAUCACUGCUGAUGGCUCUUCAGGGUUUCAAGCAGAAGCUAAUCGUUACCACCUGUAUGUAUCACUGGCCUGUCCAUGGGCACACAGGACACUGAUACUGAGAGCACUGAAGGGACUAGAGGAUAACAUUUCUGUCACUGUGGUUGACUGGCUCCUAGGUCCAAACGGCUGGGCCUUUACUGACAAGAAGCCGAAGUGUAGUUUAGACACUGUGAACAACUGUAAUUUUCUGAGAGAGGUGUAUGCAAAAAGUGAUCCUUCUUACAGUGGUAACAUCACUGUGCCGUGUUUGUGGGACAAGUUAACAAACAAGGUAGUGAACAAUGAAUCAAGUGAAAUCAUCCGCAUGUUGAACUCUGAGUUCCAGGCUUUCUGUAAAACACCGGAACAACUGGAGCUGAACUUGUAUCCAGAACACUUGAAGGAGAAGAUUGAUGGGCUAAAUGCUUGGAUUUAUCCGGAAAUCAACAAUGGGGUCUACAAAUGUGGCUUUGCUAAAUCACAAGAGGCUUAUGAUGAAGCAGUGGCUGGACUCUUCAUUGCUCUAGAUAAGGUAGAAGACUUGCUGUCCCACACAAGAUAUUUAACUGGACCAGAUUUGACAGAGGCAGACAUCAGACUUUUCACAACUUUGAUCAGAUUUGACACGGUCUACCAUACUCACUUCAAGACCAACAAGAAAAGAAUUGUGGACUAUCCAAACCUGUGGGGUUUUGUCAGGGACAUCUACCAGCUGCCUGGGGUCGCCGAUACAGUGGACCAAGAACACAUCAUGAAACAUUACUUUGCAAGUCAUCUGACCAUCAACCCUACUGGUAUUGUACCUGUAGGACCUGAGCUAGACUUGAUGUCACCCCAUCACAGGGAGAAAAUGUAGCUGUCAGAUAGUUGAUGUUCAUUCAGCUUAAAGAACCACAAUGUGUUAUUCGUUAUACAAUUAAUAUUCAAUUUAAUAAUUCAGAGUGUAAAAAUAGUUAUUUAAAAAAAACCACCAUUGUUUGAGAUAUUCAUUAGAACUAACAAAAAACAACAACCAUGUUGAUAGGCAUAAUUUUUAUUGCAAAUGUAUGGUUUCAGUCUAAUUUUUCACUGAUUGUUCACUGAUUCAAGUUUAUACAGCUUAUGUAUUCGCUUUGAAUUUCAAUCGAAUAUCUCACUUAUAUUGAUUUCAUAACACUUCAAUUGGUUGUGCUAAUAUUUUACUAGUAAAAAUUUAAUUUAUUGUACUAUGUAACCACUAAAUAUAUAAUUUUGCACCCCUAGCUAUUUUUAUAUAAAACUGAAAAUAUUUACCAAGCUUAUUUAGGAUUUUAACUAUAUUUAUUUUUUUAAUGCAAGCCUGUAUGAUUUAAAAUAUAUUUUGGUCGGUUUUAAAAUGAAUUUAUUGUAAUUUUAAAGUAGCAAAUAUAUAAAUGGUCAUCUCAUAUCAGUUGUCUCUAUCAGAGCUGACCUUUCAUGUGUGGUCUCUAGACAAGAUCACAUUCUUAUUUACAAAAACAAAUGAGUCUUUUUGAGUCAGCAGCUUUCCGAAAGUUGUCAGGUGCAUUAUUCAAACUUUAACAUCAUGUUUUUAAAAAGAAUUAAUCAGUUUUUUCACAUCCUGUUACAUCAACUUUUCAAAGUUCUUUCAGGUGGGUUGUUUUUUCAAAGCAAACCAAGUCAGUUAUUGACAAGAGCUAUUGACAGUUUUUCAUUUAAAGAUCAGUAAUAAACCUGAGUUGAUUGUAAACAGCAAUAGCUUAUAAUCUUUUUAUUCGGCAUUCAAUUUAAGGAUAAUUAGCAUAAUUAAUUAGGAUUAUAGAGAUCAAAUUCAACUUGUAUGUAUAUUUGUCUGGUAUUUAGUAAUGAAUUCACUUACCUUUGUGCCUUUUAACUUACACAUUUUCAAAAUAAAAAGUUGCAUUCCAAGGGAGAUAAUUUAAAAAAAAAAUGUAUUUAAUUUUCUACACCACUGUUCAAACAAUAGAGCUCCACAGCAGAGUUGAAGGGUCAAGUACUUCAUUGUAUGGCAUUACUCAUCUCAGGUUAUUUACAUUUUUAUAGUGAUCCAUUUAUUUUAUACAGGUUAAUACCACUUUUUCCUCCUAUUAUUUCUUAUCUCAUUACAUGUGUAUUCAAUUGCUGCUAUUCUCAUCUUAGCAUUUAUAUUCAAUCUUUGUUCCAACCUUUCCAUUUAUACUUAAUUCAUCAAAGCAUUUAUAAUCAAUUUUCUAUUCACAUGUUUCCUUUUAUUAUUUUUAUACUUAGAUUAUAGCAUUUAUAUACAAUGUCAUUCUCAUCUUUUUAUACACUUUUUAUAUUUGCUGUCACUUCUUUUCAUUAGAUCUACAAUUUUUAUGUAGAUGAUUUGCUUAUUUCAGAAUAGCAGUGUUUUUUUUUAUGUAAUAUUUUUGAAAGGCUAAUAAAUAAAUU